AUUUACAACCACCUGCGGAAGGAAAACGGUCGGGUCAUGUCAAGCUUUGUACUUCACCCAUUGUUUAUCGCUCAACACCAGAUGACAAGCCUUCUAGAUGUGCCGGGAAUGGGAUUACGAAGAAGAAGUGAAGGCUGCCUUGUGGAACCGUUUCGAUCGAACUCGAUCUGCGAGGCCAAUGGAGGAAUUGGCAUCCAGAAACAGGAGAAGAGUUCAUCGCAGCUGACUGUAAGAAAUGGAGUUGAAGGGAAUUUGCUUGAAGUGCUGAGAAAAAAUUAUGAUAUCGUGACUGCUCUUGCUGACAUCGACUCGUCGGAGUUCGGACAUCGGUCGAGAUCUCGACAGAUGCGAGGCCCUGCUUCGCGCAUCGCUUCUCCUUCUCCAAAACCGUUGGUGGUUCGACCGAACACACUAUAUACAAAGGGAUGCUUCGAGUUUGAAAACUCAUCAUUGUCGUCAUCUGAUACAGAAAUCGAACCAACAGAAUCAGUUUGGAGUCGAUUACGGAGUGAAGCAAAGGAUUUUCUGCAUGAUAUCGCAGACGCUUUUGAAACCCAAAAUGAAGAACAAAAGCAAACUACGCCUGAUUCUCAGAAAUUAUCAGCGAUUGCCCUUCGGAGAGAUCUCAAACGAUGCUAUAGUUUUCUUCACCCUCUCGUCGAGGUCGGAGCGGCUUUGUACGAUACCCUAUUGUGGAAGAACCCUAUUAAUACCUUGCUUUUAGCUCUAGUGUACUCUUACUCGAUAGUGCGAGGAUGGACGGCUUCCUUAGUGCUAUUGCUUCUCUGGACACAGCUAUCUCUGAAUUAUCUCAAAGCAACCAAAAAUAUAGACAUUGGAUUGAACUUCCUUCCUCGUAAAGAGGUUGCAAUGCCCAAGUUUGACAUCUCAGGUGCUCAACUGAUAUUCGACGUAGCGAAAAUUGUACAAAAUUUGCUCAACUUUGCUGCCAAUCUUCUCGAAAAAAUACAUAGCCUGGUAACCUGGAAAGACGUUCGUGUAACUUUUGUGUUCUAUUGCUUAGUCAUCUACUGGUUGGUGUUAUCAAUGGUAUUCAACACCGGUACUUGCCUAGGAAUGUGCGGCCUCACGCUCGGUGUUCGCAUAUUCAUCACCACCUACCUCUUUCACCGCUUUCCUCGGUUACGAAAGCGACUCGACACUUAUGGCUGGUUUUAUCGCAAUCUCCCAAUGAAAACAGAUCGGGAUUUAGUGUCUGCUUCAAGCACAGAUGGAAACCUAGCUGCCAAUAAGACAGACACUAAGAUACACACUCCGCUGAGUCGACGUGCUGCUAUCCCAAGUGGGAUGUUUACAUCACGACUGGGAUCAAACUUCAAUCUGCUUGAUACCGGCUCACAACAAAACCUUCUUUCGCACCAGAAACCCAGAUCCAUGCUCGAUAUUGAUAAAAUUGCAAAGAAAGGCUCGGCACCGAAUCUACGAGCAAUGUGCAAGGAAUCCAGAGACUGCUACAGUGAACGCUCUAGCCCAGUCAUGCGCCCAAAAAAUCACUGGAACACAAAUGGAAACGAAGAAAGUUUCGAUCCCGUAGUACUUCCAGUACCUUCACAACCCCGGAUAGUCAAAUCGCCACUGGCACUUGUGCAUAGCGCACCCGCUCCUCCUCCACAAGAUCCUCCGCCACGCGAGAGGACAUCCCCGGAGAAAGACGAAGAAGAUGAUUUGACUGAAUCAUCUUCGCAGCUGUCUUUCUGUUCGAAUGCGGAUGACGACUCGAUACAAGAUGAUCCACUUCUGGACAAUGUGCUAGCUUAUCGAAGCUGUGUGAUGAACGAUAAAGAAAGAUCAUUUCCAAAGGCGAUCUCAUCUGGCAUACUCUACCUGACUGAAAAUGCCUUGGUCUAUCGUAGUAAAUCAACAGCUGAUGAUCGAGCUCCGACGAUAAUGCUUUUCACUGACAUAACUUCUAUAAAGAAGAUUCAAUCGCUACGGACGAUCAGUCUCCUUGCCGGUACAAGGAAAGCCCUGGAAAUCGAGAUGGAAGGAAGGCGAAAGCCUCUACAAUUCAUUGGACUUGCUCAACGAGACGACUUUUUCGAGAGAAUUGAGUCCGUCUGCACACGAAGCGACGCACAUAUUGACUUCAGCUGAAGUGUGGUCAACGCUGGUUUCAAUGAGUCUUCUCAAGCCUGUUAGUCAAAUCAGAAGAAAUUGUAAAUACAUUUGUGCCAUAUACACCAUGACUUUCAUGGACUUUCACGAUAUUGAGCAAAGGAAUAUCGUAUUAAUAACGGCCAGACCUUGAAUCGGGUUUAUGCAAUUCUGUAUAUAAAAUUCUCCGAUCUAGAGAAGCUACAAUCCAUGCAUGUAGGCUUGAAAUUUCACCUAAUUUCUAUACUGAUCAUAAAUGCUUGCCCAAAGACUUAAAUGCCCCUUACUGAUUUGCACUUCUCGCCUAGAAAGGUUUAGCGCCAAACAGUACUCUUCUUCAUUAUUUUCCUCACUUACAAUUUAUGAAAAGCACUUCUAAACUAUAGAAGGUUCAAAGCCUGCAGUUAGAGAGCAUAUUCCAUGGUGUAUGUACAUUAUGAUAAUGUCUGAUAAAGUGUUUAUACUUACGAAAAUCAACAGUGUGUACAACUUGUGUUAACUCGUAGAACAGAGAUUAUCGUCAAUAAAAAGGAUG